AUGCUCUGGGGAAGCAAAACCGCGCAGGCUUCCGAGCCCGACCUCACGCGCACCGAGUCCGCUUCAAAGAACGACCCCUGCGCCUCCGCCUCCCAAGCCUCCGGCACCGCAUGGCUCGCCGGACACCUGCACCACCUGACCCCAGAGCAGGAAGAGAAGCUGCAGGAGUUCAAGACGCUGUGCGCCGAGCGCAAGUACUACACCCCUGCUGUGGAACAGGCCGAGGGCGUCGAGGCGAAGACUGCUAGCCAUGACGAUGCUACUAUGCUACGCUUCUUGCGUGCCCGCAAGUUCGACGUUGAGGGUGCGUGGGGUCAAUUCAAGGAUACUGAGGAUUGGCGCAAAGACAAUGCUAUCGAGGCUCUGUAUGAGAACAUUGGCGUGGACUCUUAUGAGGCUGCCCGGCGGAUGUACCCACAAUGGACUGGCCGUCGCGAUCGCCGCGGAAUCCCCGUCUAUGUCUUUGAGAUCCGUCACCUCGAUAACAAGGCUGUCGCCGCUUACAACUCUACCAUGACUACCGGUACACCGGAGACACACAAGUCGUCCACUGUCCCGGCGCGCUUGCUGAACCUCUUCGCUUUGUAUGAGAACCUUCUCCGGUUCGUGAUGCCGCUUUGUUCAUCGUUGCAGCGGCCAAACCCGGAGACGCCUAUUGUCACUUCUACCAAUAUUGUGGAUGUUAGCGGUGUUGGAUUGAAGCAGUUCUGGAACUUGAAGGGUCAUAUGCAGGAUGCCAGUGUUUUGGCCACGGCGCAUUACCCCGAGACGCUGGAUCGGAUCUUCAUUAUUGGUGCUCCUGCAUUCUUCCCUACCGUCUGGGGCUGGAUCAAGCGCUGGUUCGACCCAGGCACCACCUCCAAGAUCUUUAUUCUGUCCGCAUCAGAGGUGCAGCCUACCCUUACUUCAUUCAUGGAACCAUCUAGCAUUCCCAAGCAGUAUGGCGGUGAGCUCGACUGGACCUGGGGCGAGAUGCCCAACCUGGACGAGCCCGCCCGUGAACUCCUCCAGGGUCUUGAGCAGGAUCAAGUCGACGGCGAAAAGAGAAAAGACAUCCUCAAGGGACCCAUUCUGUUCGAGGGUGAUCACCUGAAGGUGUUGGGCACAGUCGAUGGAAAGGAGCGGAGAGAAACCAUCCCUGUCCCGAAGUCGCAGGUGUCCUCUGAGCCAGAGGCCCCCGCCAAGUCCACAGACUCGGAGGCAAAGACGGACGAACCCACUGAGAUUAAGCCCGAAGACGAGAAGGCUGUUGAUAACGUGGCGAUAAAGGUUAACCAACUGUCCGUCGACGAGACUCAGACUGCUGCAGCUCAGACCGCUGCAGCAUAG